UUCCCCGAUUAUACACCAAAACAACCAAAACAAAACAAAUCGCAAUCGGCCAACAUACACUGGACAACGAAAAUAUGACAAUCGGUAAUGGCUUCCCCAGAAGAUGAUGACGAUUUAAUUCCAGAUACUGGAGCAGUGUUCACAUUUGGUCGCAGUAGAUUUGCUGAUAACCUUGCUAACAAAUUUUGGAUUAAGAAUGACAAAGUCGUUCAGGUAUCUUGUGGUGAUGAGAAUUCAGCGGCGGUGACAGAACGUGGCAGAGUGUAUGUGUUUGGGAGUAAUGAUUGGGGUCAACUUGGACUUGGUCAUAAAAAGCCUUCAAACAAACCGUCCUUUAUUAAAACCUUAAAACCAGAAAAGAUUACAGUAAUUGGUUGUGGAAGAACGCAUUCUGUGGCUUAUUCAGAGUCAGGCAAGUUAUUUAGUUUUGGUGGAAAUGAAGAUGGACAGUUAGGUCAUGGUGAUAAACAGAAUGAAGUAACUCCAAAACAAAUUGAGUCGUUACCCUCUAUAAAAGUGAAGGAGAUAUCAUGUGGUGCUUAUCAUACUGCAAUAUUGACAGAGGACGGAGAUGUUUACACUUGGGGAUUGAAUAGUGAAGGUCAAAUUGGUUUCGGUGAGGACGAGGAAGAAUGUUCGACGCCACAACAUUUAAAAUUCGAUGAUGAAGUCAUCUCAAUAUCAUGCGGCUACUAUCAUACAGCUGUUGUAACACGAAGCGGUAUGCUAUACACAUUUGGAGAAGAUGAAAUGGGUAAACUAGGCUUGUCCGGAUCACAACUAAAUAAUACCACCCGUCCGCAACCAGUAGCCACUUUAGACGAGGGCGACAAAUACUCACAAGUUUCGUGCGGUGCAGGUCACACUGUAGCGAUUACGAAAAAAGGAAAAUGUUACUCCUGGGGUGAUGGCAGUCAUGGUCAGUUAGGCCAUGGGACAAGAGUGCAGGAGGUUACGUGCCCAAAACAAAUCGAUUCUCUUUCUUCUGUUAGAGUUACUGGUGUUUCAUGUGGGGACAGCCAUACAGCUGUCGUAACAGACAAUGGCAAGAUAUAUACGUUUGGUGAUGGCAGAUAUGGUAAGCUUGGUCAAGGUGACGAAUGCUUCUCCAAUCUGUUUAAACCAACGUUGAUCACACGUUUUAAAGGAUUCCACAUCGAAUCUGUAUCUUGCGGAGGGUGUCACAUGUUAGUACGAGGUGUUCGUUCAGAAAAUGAAGAAGACGAAGAUGAAGAAGAAGAUGAAGUGCUAAUGUCGUCAAUGAAAUCUGAAUACAGCAUUAAAGAAGCCAACAUGACGCUUCGGCCUGGCAACAAUACAUUUCCUACUGUAUCACCGAGAGAUAAAAGAAGAAUAAAAGAUGACGGUUUGAGUAAUUCGUUAAAUUUAAAUGGUUCAUUAAACAGUUCAAAGACAAUGGCACAGCUAAGUCGAGCUAAUCAUCAGCUACCAAGUUUGUUAGAUAAAAAUAAAUUACCAAAGAUACAAGGGAUGGAACCAUUAGGUAAAAAAUCUACAGAAAAAAAGACUUCGGACUACGCGCUUGCCGAUCAUGGCGUGCUAUCAAAUGACGUUGAAACCAAGAAAAACAAAAAGUUAGUAGCGGAAAUUAGCUUCAGUCGCAAUCCACCUAGUAAAAAAAAGUUAGAAAAUAUUGAAACAAAUUCUCCUCUGGAUCGGAGAAAGAAAAAUAGCGACGACGAUAUCUUAAAAAAACUGGACUUAAACGAAAAUCUGGAUGAGUCUGCAGAAGAAACUGAUAAUAUGAACAAUAAGAAUAUAACGAAAAAAAAUAAUAUAAAAAAUCUCCAGAAUGGAAAGAGCAAGAAAAACUCUGAGGAAGAUAGUAUGUAUGAAACUGAAAGUGAAGAGGAAUCUAGUGGAAAAUAUAUUUCUGAUAAACAUAAUGAAAAAAAUAAAAAACAGCACAAAACUAAACGUAAACCAGAGGAGGAGGAAGAAGAAGAUGAAAGUGAAAGUGAAUACGAAACUGAAGAAGAAGAAGAAGAAAAUAUAAAGUUAACUAAAGCUAACCUGAACAAUAAAAAUAAAAAAUCUCCUAAGCAAAUCGACAAGAAAUCGAGGAAAGUAAAUUUGAAAGAAGAAGACGAAGAAGAUGAAGACGAAGAUGAUGAAGAGGAUGACGAAGAUGACGAAAUAAUAAAUGUUAAGAAAAAAAGAGAUUAUUACAAAAAAGAUGUAUCUACGAGGAAAAUUAAUAUUAAAAAAAUGAAAAAGUAUGAAGAAGAAAGUGAAGAUGAAGAUGAGGGGGUGAAUGAGGAAGAGGAAGAAGACGAGGAGACGGAAGAAGAAGAAGAAGAAAUUAUAAAGAAAAAAACAAACAACAAGUUCAAAGAGAAAGACAAGAAAACUAAUGAAAAGAAGAGGAAGGGUAAACAGAAAAAAGAAGAUGACUAUGAAGAUGAUGAAGAAGAGGAAGAAGAAGACGACGACGACGACGACGAGGAGGAGGAGGAGGAGGAGGAGGAGGAGAAGGAGGGUAAAAAGGGAAAAGGGAAGAAAAAGGGGGAAAAUGGGAAAAAAGGCAAGAAGAGAAACGUUGAUAAAAAGAAGAAGAAAGGGAAAAGAGAUGAAGAUGAUGAAGAAGAAGAAGAAGAAGAUGAUGAAGAAGAAGAAGACGAUAAGGAUAAGGAUAACGACGAGACUGACAACAUGAAACGUAAGAAGGAAAAAAACAACAAAAAUGCCAAAACAAAGAAAAAGAAAGGCAAAAAAGAAGAAGAAGAAGAUGAUGACAAAGAUGAGGAGGAGGAAGAUGAAGAAGAAAACGAUGACGAGAAAAAUGAAACGGUUGAAAAACCUGCUGAAGAACAAACUAAAUCCGGCUUUUUAAGAUUUUUUCGACGAAAUAAGAAAACGGCUGCUGCCAAAGAAAAUGACAAAACGGACAAAUCUCCCAGCAAGCUUGGUACACCAACAACAGAAAACACGAAAUCGAAAACAUGUGUAAUAUUAUAACAGUAAACAUACCAACGUCAAAGAUAAACAAGUGAAAUAAAUUUGACUAAUACCUCAAAUUAUUUUGCAAAAACAUCCAUUUGUAUAGCCUGGUGUUUAAUUUUAAAAGUUAUUUAUCGAAUACUGAUGCUAUCUGUCAUAAAUAAUUCUUCUAGUUUCUCAUUUCUUUUAUGUGUUUCUGGAGUUUAUAUGUCAUGUUUUAUCAAAUUUUUAAACUUCCAUCUUAUUCUUUUAUUUUUAAGUGAUGUGGUUCACACCAAUGAGAUAAAUCAGCUUUAGCGAUAUUGAAACGCUUGGUGAUUUUCUCGUUGGAUUUAUCAACGCCCAGAUCCACAGGAGAACAAUAAUCUUUUAUCUCACUGAUAUUAAGCACACAUUAAAGCAUCUCCACUAGGCGAAAUAUAUUUUGCACGAUCUUGAUUGGAACACUGUUCUAGUUUUAAACGGACAAAUUUUCCGACAACCAAUUAAAAUGCGUUAAAUCAUUCGACUCAAAAUAUUUCGCGUAGUGGAGACGAACAUUUAACGGACGUAUCGCAGCAAUUUUCGGAAACGUUUCAAAGUUUCUUACAGCCGAGUGUAUGCAAAUUUUUUUAACUGUAGAUGUAAUUUAUUACAAUUCGACUGUAUCAUAAAAUUGUGUAAUUUAUUCUUGA